CAUACUUCAAAACGGUACCAUUUGCCAUGUGCGCUUGACAAUAAUAUAACCUACAAAUUUUGAUUGAUAACAUGUCACGAAUAAUUAUUAAAAACUUGCCGAAAAACAUCACAGACACUAAACUAAGGGAAAUAUUUGGAGCCAAAGGACAUGUGACUGACGUUCAGCUGAAAUACACUCCUGAUGGAAAGUUCAGACAGUUUGCUUUUAUCGGAUACAAAGAGGAGGCAGAGGCAAAUGAAGCUAUUGAGUAUUUCGAUAAAACUAGUAUAAACACCAACAAAAUUACUGUGCAGAAAUGUUCCCAAUUAGGAGAUGCAAGUAAACCAAAGUCUUGGAGUAAAUACGCUGUGGAUAGUUCAGCAUAUAAGAGCAAACAUAAAACUGCAGAACCAGCAGAGGAAGAACCAAAAGUCGAGAAGGAUAAAUCAGAACCUACACAAGAUUUGUUAGAAAAGUAUAAAGAUGAUCACGAGUUUGAAGAGUUCUUGAAUGUUCAAGGAGAUAAAAAUACUCAAAAUUUGUUAAGUAAAAUUAAGAAGACUGGUGACGAUGAGCAGAGUGAGGAUGAAGAUGAAGCACCAAAAGGUGAUAAAGUUGAAGAUGAUAACAAGGAGGAGGAGGAGGAGAAAGAGAAAAUAGCUAAUGCAAAAAUCUCAGAUUUGGAGUAUAUGAAAAUGCUGAAGAAAAAUGUUGCUGAGCCUGAAGUGAAGAAAAAGAAAGAGAAACCUAGGAAGAAUCUGAAAUUGUUUACAUUGAAAAUGAGGAAUUUGCCAAAUUCGUGCAAGAAAAAAGAUAUAAAGGCGUUCUUCAAACCUUUGUAUUUGCACUCGCUGAGGUGUCCCAAGAAUAUUAGGAAUAUAGCGUUUGUCGGUUUUCUGGAUGAGAAGAAUUUCAAGAUUGCUUUAACUAAAGAUAGAAGUUUUAUAAAGGGGAAACAAAUUGAAGUUAAGGAAUACGUGGACUAUAAAAAUGAGCCUAAAGAGCAGGCGAAUGACGUGAAUAACAAGUGGAAGUAUCAGGAGGAGAAAUUGAAAAACGAAGAGGAAAUUGCCGAAUCCGGUAAAAUAUUCAUAAGGAAUUUGUCUUACACGAGUACAGAAGACGAAGUGCAGAAGUUGUUUGAAACUUAUGGUCCCAUAGCUGAUUUCACUUUACCAAUUGAUACGACAACGAGGAAACCUAAGGGCUUUGCUACAGUUACGUUCGUUAUGCCGGAAAAUGCGGUCAAGGCUUACACGGAAUUGGAUGGUACCAUUUUCCAUGGUAGGAUGUUGCAUCUUUUGCGUGGGAAAUCCAAGGAAAACGCGGAUGAUGAUAACGAGGAGACGACAGACUUUAAGAAGAAAAAGGCGAAGGAGUUGAAGAAGAAAGCCGGUUCAUCGCACAAUUGGAAUUCUCUUUUCUUGGGUCACGACGCAGUCGCCGAAGUCAUGGCUAAUACUUAUGGAACCACUAAAGAAGCGGUUUUGGAUCCGAGAGGCGCUGGAAACGCUGCCGUUCGUUUGGCACUCGGAGAAACGCAAAUUAUUGCACAAACUAGGAAACAUCUUGAAGAUCACGGUGUCAUUUUGGAUGCGUUCAAUGGGGUUACAACGAAGAGGUCCAAAACUAUAAUUAUUGUUAAAAAUUUACCGGCUAAUACUACGUCCAUGGAUAUACAGACUUUGUUCCAUCCGCACGGACAUCUUGGUCGUGUCAUCCUUCCUCCAAGUGGAAUCACAGCAAUCGUCGAGUUCGUUGAACCAUCCGAAGCCAAGAAAGCUUUCACCAGAUUGGCUUACACGAAGUUCAAAAACUUACCUCUAUACUUGGAAUGGGCUCCAGAUAAUAGUUUAAGUGGACAAAACAACAGAAAUGUUAAGGAACCAACGCAUAAUGAAACCAAACCAGAGGAACCAGUUGAAGUUGUUGAAGAAGAGGAGGAUGAUGACGAAGAACCUGAACCAGAUACAACGCUUUUCGUGAAAAACCUUAACUUCGAGACAACCGAUAAUGUGUUACGAAAGCAUUUCGCGAGUUGCGGUAAGAUAUCCUACGCGAAUGUGGUUACUAAAAAGGAUUUGAAUGAUCCUACUAAGAAACUGUCCAUGGGUUACGGUUUUGUCAGGUUUUACCACAAAGAAAGUAUUAACAAAGCGCUGAAAAACUUGCAGCAAAGCGUUCUCGACGGAAAGUCGCUCGAGCUGAAGAGAUCUGAGAGAACAUUAUCAAAUGAAGUGGUGGCUGAGCGUAAAACGACGAAGAAAAUUAAGCAGACUGGCAGCAAAAUUUGCGUUAGAAACGUACCAUUCCAGGCAAACCAACAAGACUUGCUGGAACUCUUCAAGACUUUUGGGGAAAUUAAGUCGUUGCGGUUACCUAAGAAGAUGGGGCCUACAAAUCAACACAGAGGAUUCGGCUUCGUCGAUUUCGCUACCAAUGCGGAUGCUAAAAAAGCUUUUGAAGCACUUAGCCAAAGUACUCACGUACUUGGAAGACGUUUGGUCUUGGAAUGGGCAGCAACUGAAGAUAGCAUAGACGAUAUUAGGAAAAGGACAGCGGAUCAUUUCCAUGAGACCACUGAAACCAAGAGGUCGAAGAAGAGCGUCUUUGAGAUGGAAUCUUAAUGACUGCUAUUUUUUUAACGUAACUUAUGUUAAAGUACUAUAAAAAGACUUUGUUGUUAAUAUUACAUUUGAUAAGGAAAUUUAAAUGUACAUUUUAAAUAUAUUAUU